AUGAGAAUACAAUUCGUUCCAUACAUCACUUGUUUAUCUAAAUACCAUACUUGUACGCUGACAGAGUGCUUAGAAGAAGCGGCGCCUGCGCAGACGCCGGUUAAUUGCGACGAAAGUGCAUAUUCUGUACUUGGAGCUAACUACUCGGGCAAAUUUGCGUCAGUCCGAAAGAUCCGCCACCUGGUGUCCGGUGUGGAGUACGCCGCCAAAUUUAUCCGCAAAAGACGGCGCGCCGCCGACACCACACGCGAGAUACAGCACGAGGUCGCCGUGCUAGCCCUCUGCUCGGAUAGCACACGCGUUGUACGCUUACACGAGGUAUAUGAAACACGUACAGAAGUAGCCAUAGUUUUGGAGUUAUGUGCGGGUGGUGAACUUCAACGUCUACUGGAUGAAGAGGAGCGCCUCACAGAAGGUGCUACCAGAAGAGCCCUCCGCCACGUGCUGGAAGGGCUGGCACACCUCCACGCCCGCCGCGUGGCACACCUGGACCUGAAGCCGCAGAACCUGUUACUCACCGCCGGCGGCGAGGAGCUGGUCAUCUGCGACUUUGGUAUCAGUCGUGCGAUACAACCCGCCGCACAUGUCAGGGAGAUACUAGGCACGAGGGACUAUGUUGCGCCAGAGAUCCUGUCAUACGAGCCGUUGUCUCUAGCAGCAGACAUCUGGUCGGUGGGAGUGUUAGCCUACGUGCUUUUAAGCGGGUAUUCCCCUUUUGCGGGCGACACCAAGCAGGAGACCUACCUCAACAUCGCACAGUGCCAGUUGUCCUUCCCCAAGGACCUCUUCUGGGGCGUGUCUCAACGCGCCAUGCAGUUCAUCAAAGAGACGCUAGUAGUUGAUCCUAUGGGCCGUCUUACAGUGGAAGAGUGCCUGGAGCACCCCUGGUUGAAAGACGAUGCGGACAUCCCACGAGUCAUAGUCGGGGUAGGCUUCGACGCCGACUCCGAAGUAGGCUCUGAAGCAGACGAUGACGGCACAGAUAACGGCGACGACGAGACAGUUAACGGCGAUGGAAAAGGAGUUAACGGCGUUAAUGGCGUCAACGGAGUCAACGGGCAUAACGGUGUUAGCAAAUGUAAUGGUACGACAAAUGGAACACAUGAAGAUAAAGAGCCAGAUCCCCGUGGAUCGCCUACUCCACGUGAAGAGGAAGAACGAGCUGCAGCGGUCAAACACGCGAGAGACGACUCACCUUCACCGCCCUUCCCUGACGCGCCUUCCACGCCCAAGGUGUCGCGCAAAUCCCACCCUUCGCCGCCGUCCGUGCUCGCGCUCUGCAAGAAAUUCCAGCCGGAUUAUGAGAAACCGGCAAAGUUAUGUCACGCCCGGGGCGAGCUUUGCGGUUGUCCGGCACCCUGCCUGCGUCUGCGCACAGCACAAGACAGAGCUGUACUUUGCUAG